AUGCUUAUCAUGGGCACAAAAAAAUAUCCGGGAGAAAAUGAAUUUUCACAGUUCAUAGCAAAAAAUGGUGGAUAUUAUAGUGCGUACACAGCAAUCGAUCAUACAAACUAUUAUUGUUCCUCUAAGACAGAUGAACUCAGACCACUAUUGGACAGAUUUUCUAGAUUUUUCUUCGAACCAUUGUUCACUGCAAGUUCGGCUGAAAAAGAAAUUAAUGCUAUUAACUCUGAACAUGAAAAAAAUAAAGCUGACGACAAUUGGCGUUUGGAACAACUAAAAAGAAGUUUAUCCGUUCCAAAUCAUCCCUUUAAUAUGUUCGGCACAGGUACAAAGCAGACAUUGUGGGAUAUUCCAAAGAAAAAGAAAAUAAAAAUUUGUCGUAAACUAUUGAAGUUUUAUUCAAAAUGGUAUUCUUCACAUUUAAUGAAUCUAGCUGUACUCGGAAAAGAGGAUUUAACCACGUUAGAAGAUAUGGUUGUAUCAUUAUUUAAACAUAUCAAAAAGAAAAAUAUAAAUUUGCCGACAUGGACUGACCCAAUUUAUAAAAAAGAACAGCUUGCAACUAAAACCAUUGUAGUUCCAAUAAAAGAUAUCAGACAACUAAUUGUUAACUUUCUUCUUAAAGAUCAGCAACCAUUCUAUAAGGCCAUGCCUAUUGAUUAUUUGAACGCGCUAUUCGGUGACAAGGGUCCAACUAGUAUUUCGGCUAUUUUAAUGAAAAAGGGAUGGUCUACCGGAGUGUUGGCCAAUAACAUAGUCGAAGCUAGAGGUAUUGAGUAUUAUGAGAUUUACGUUGAGUUAACAGAAGUUGGAUUGGAUCAUGUCGAUGAUAUAGUCAAGUUAAUAUUUCAGUAUGUGAUUAUGUUAAAACGAAAUGGCCCUGAACCCUGGUUCCACGAAGAAACUAAAGUUAUUAAAGCAAUAGAAUUCUAUUUUAAAGAUAAAGAAUCACCAUUACCUUAUGUAUGUACAAUUACUCCUCGGAUGAUAAGAUAUAAAAUAAGAGAUUGUUUGAUAGCUGAACAUUUGAUCGAAGAAUGGAAACCAGAAUUAAUAACAGAACUUAUGACUUAUUUUACACCAGACAAUAUGAGAAUCACAGUUGUUUCCAAAACAUAUCAAAACCAGACUUAUGCAGUAGACCCAUAUUACGGGACACGGUACUCUGUACUUAAAAUACCAGAGAAAACUCUAAAUAAUUGGCGUAAUGCUAAAGUUAGCGAAGAUUUUAAAAUACCAUCAAGGAACGAAUACAUAGCUAAUAAGUUUUCGAUAGUGCCAAUUGGAUAUAACAAAUCAAAAAUCCCACAAAUAUUUUAUAGUUCUUCGAUUAUAAGAUGUUGGUUAAACACAGAUACAGUUUUCAGACUUCCCAAAGCAUAUAUUUCAGUAGAAUUUUACAGUCCUAUCGUUGCGAUUGAUCCAUUAAAUUGUAAUAUUAUGGAUAUUUUUGUGAGACUAUUUAAUGAAGAUUUUUCUCAACACACGUGCGUUGCAAAUAGAGCUAUACUUCAUUCAAAAAUUAAAUCAAGAAUUUUCGGAUUUAACAUUAAAUUUGACGGUUUCAAUCACAAGAUGCAUCAUUUAGUGAGAAGAACAAUUGCAAAACUGUUGGCGUUCAAGAUUGAUCCAAAACGUCUUGAAAUUAUUAAAGAAGAAAAAAUACGAGAAUUGAAUAAUAUCAAGAUGGAACAGCCGUACCUUAGUGCAAUGCGGUACAGUUCUCUGAUUCUGUCAGAAGUCGCAUGGAGUCCUUUUGAAUUAUUAAGAUUUAUUGACAAUAUUAAUGCCAACGACGUUCGACACUUUAUCGAUAAGUUUUUAUCGCACAUGUUUAUUGAAGCAAUGUUGUACGGUAACGUAGACAAGCAAAUGGCAUCAAUCCUUAUCUAUGAAUUGAAGAGAGCAUGUUUGACAUGUGUAGGAUUUCGCCCAUUAUUGCCACAAGAAAUGAUCAGAUCAAGAGAAGUCGAAAUGGACGAUGGUGAGAGCAAGUUGUACGAACGUGUGAGCUAUUUUCACAGCAGCUCGUGUGUUUAUGUUAAUCUGCAAUGCGGUAUUCAGAGUACGAAAGAUAACAUGGUAGUCAGCCUGUUUAAGCAAAUUAUCGAAGAGUCGUGCUAUAACAUUUUGCGUACACAGGAACAACUUGGAUAUGUGGUCAUGAGCCUUAGUGGAAAAUCGAACGGGGUACUGUAUGUGGGUAUCCUUGUACAGUCGAGCCACAGCCCUACAUUCGUUCACACCCGGAUAGAGAAUUAUUUGAGCACCGUCGAGGAAUUAUUGAACGAUCUUUCCGAAGACGAUUUUUCCAAGAACAAAGACUCGCUAUCCAUAAAACUGGCAGAGAAGCCGAAGAGCCAGAGCGAGCAGGCGGCCAUCUUCAGGUCGGAAAUCAAAAAUCAUUACUACAAUUUCAAUCGAGCGAAAAUCGAAGUAGAAGAGUUAAGAUCGAUUACCAAAAGCGAUAUUAUCGACUUUUACAACGAAAAAAUCAGUCGCACCGGGUCGAAAAGGCGCAAGUUGGCUGUACACAUCAAAUCAUCAAUGAAUGACGCGAUCGAUAAACUUAAAUCCACCAGCAAUUUGCCAGCGGACAAAUACUCACUAGCGAUUAUGAACGUCCAGAAAAUUAAGGAUAUAAUCGAAUUCAAGAAAAGUCAUCGUCUGUAUCCGGUGCCAAAGUCGUUUAUACCCAUUGAAACCACUCCAAUAAAGUUACUAAAUGAUGAUCCAGAUAUUUUAUACUAUGGAAUACCGCAUGGACGACGCAGAAACGAAUUUUCAACAUUGUAG